UGGGCUUCAGACAGUUUUGACCUCUGAGGUGCAUGACUUAGGCUACAACAUGGAGCAGAACAUUCGCCAUGUGGAACUUCUGGGCUUCGAGAAAAGAUUUUUCCCCAGUCAACACUAUGUAUACAUGCUGUUAGUGAAGUGGAGUGACCAGUCUGAAAAACUAAUCUACAGACGGUAUCCAGAGAUACAUGCCUUUCAUAAAUGCCUUAAAGAGAUGUUUCCAAUCGAAGCAGGGGAGAUUGAUGCAAAGGAUCGUACAAUACCCACAUUACCAGCCCCAAAGUGGUUGGACAGCCUCAAGAACACAGAGACGAGGCAGAGCACCUUGGCUGAGUACUGCACUGCCCUCAUCAACCUCCCAGCCAAAAUCUCACAGUGUCAGCUGGUGCGAUCUUUCUUCAAAGUCAGGCCAGAGGAUGAGACUCCUCCUGUAUCACACCCGGUGAAAAGAAACGAAACCUAUGUGAUGCCAAAGGGUCGUCCAAGAAGUAACACCUCUGAGAUUACUGGGCCAAUAAUGCUAGAGAGCUACCGUGCGAUUGCUGACUUCAAGAAAAGCUCCCAAUAUGAACUCAACCUGAGGGCUGGAGACCUGGUGGACAUAGUGGAGAAAUGUCCAAAUGGCUGGUGGUUCUGCAACUGUGAGGCCCAGCGUGGCUGGGUGCCGGCCUCCUACCUGGAGCCCCUAGAUGGGCCUGAGGAAGCGGAGGAGCCGGACCCAGACUAUGCAGGGGAGCUCUACAUAACCACGAAAGCUUAUAAGGGAGCAGAGGAGGACGAGCUCACCCUCGAGUCCGGAGAGAUCAUUGAGGUGAUCCACAAACUUCUGGAUGGGUGGUGGGUGAUCAGGAAAGGUUUGGAGACAGGAUAUUACCCAUCCAUGUUCUUGCAUAAGACGGAGGAGGGGAAAGAAACAGAAUCUGAGAAGUGUUUAGUUCAGCGGAAGACACCACCACCCCGGAGAUCGACCAUUCGCAACAUCAACAGCAUCCAUGCACAAGGACGGCAGAAAAUCAGCCAGGACAGCUACCGCAGGAACAGCCGGCGUUACUUACAGCAGCGAGGGAGUAACUCCCCCAGGAUCGGCUGGAAGAAGGCACCUGCCAAGUCCCCACUAGUGGAGAGGAAGGCACACAAAGAUAAUGCCCCUAAGAGGACACCAUCGGAUGAGCAGAAGAAGACUCCUGCCAUACCUCCACGCCCCAGUGCUGAACUCAUCAUGGAGCGCUGCACAGAGAACACCCGCAAGAAGAUGAGCAUCCGCACAGCCAGCUGAGCUGAGGCAGAAAACAUUUUUGCAACAUAGCUGUUCUUCCUGUGUCUAUUUCCUAAAAGACAGCUGUGUAUUGAUGUUGUGAAUUUACAGGUGUAGUGCUGGUGUUCCUUACAAGUUAGUUGCUGCAUGUGUUCUGUAUGUAGGCCUAUUGCGUACUAAAAUCUUGUUAUUUGGUGUUUUUAAGUGUAUUGUGUUGGUUAGGCAAAUGUACUUUGAUAAGCUAUUUACAAACUCUUGUUCACCUCCAAUAAAGUUUUACAUUUCU